AUGCAGGUCCCCACAGCAGCGGCCACCUACGCGCAGUUCCUGUUAGAACCAAUUCAUCAGCGUCAACGACAACCGGACACAUAUAUCUUGUCCGUCAUCGUCCCCCAGCCAUCCCAUCCGGUCCCCGAGACCAGAAGCCCUCAGCAAGCAGCCAACCACGAAACCAUCAUCCUUCGGUCGUCGCCAUCCAACAUGUGCAACUGGCACAUCACCCGCUACGACGAGUGCGGCCACGAGGACAUCGAGAGGGUGCCCUACUCGUGCGAGAUCUACACCCGCCACAAGUACGGCUCCUGCAAGUACAACGACCGCAUCCACCGCCCGCGCGCCGAGUUCACCUACGCCCCUGGCUACUGCCGCCGCCCGGAGUGCGAGAUGCUCAACUACAUCAACUACCAGUAG